GGCGGUCCAGGUAGAACCCGCCGGCCGACGCCGAUCGUAGACUGCCGGCUGUUGGCGCAGCUGGGCGCAAGGCGCGAGUAGAGAGUGCGAGCGAUGGACGAGCGCAGCGGCGGCUGUUCGGAUGGCGACAGCUUGACCAGGGACCAGACGCUGCUGCUCCGCCAGAAGUAUAUCUCGGGCACCUGCCAGUUGCACUUCGGGCGCAGUCCGCUCAAGGUGGUCCGCUCCAGUGGGCCCUACCUGUACGACGAUGACGGCUUCCGCUACAUCGACUGUUCCUCCAGAGUCAACAACGUGGGCCACUGCCAUCCUGCUACAGUGGCUGCAGCGGCCUCACAGAUGGCAACACUGACUUCACCCCUGGCUGAGCCAGGUGUUAUGCCAGCGGAAGGCAUAGAAGAGCGCUAUUGCCAGCGCCUGCUGGAGACGCUGCCACCCAAUUUUCAGACCUGCCUCUUCACCAGCUCAGGUGCAGAAGCCAAUGAUUUGGCUCUCCAGCUUGCAAAAAUGUAUACAAAGAGAAGAGAUGUUGUUGUCAUUGAUGGAUCUUUCCAUGGUGCUGUUAAUUCACUUCUUGAAAUCAGUCCAAAGGCUUUCAAGAACCUUCAUACAGAAAAGAAGCCAUGGGUACAUGUAAUACCAUGUCCAGAUAGAUACAGAGGAAGCUAUAAUGAUGCAUCAACUGCUGCAGAGAAAUAUUUUAUUGAUGCUAAGAAUGUUAUAGACAAAGCUGUACAAAAUUCAGGACCUAUUGCAUGCUUCAUAAGUGAGCCUGUGUUUGUAGUCUACGGUGUAGUGGUACCACCAACAGGAUGGCUGGCAAAAAUCUACAGCUACAUCCAUGAGAAUGGAGGCUUGAUUAUAGCAGAUGAGAUACAAACUGGCAUGGGAAGAAGUGGAAGUCAUUACUGGGCUUUCCAAGCGCUUGGUGUAGUACCUGAUAUUAUUACCAUUGGUAAACCUAUUGGAAAUGGUCAUCCUUUUGCUGCUGUAAUAACAUCACAUAAGAUUGCUAGUUGUUUAAAAGCAAAUUACAGAUGCGGACCAGUGGCAGCAACAAUCGGACUUUCAGUUCUCUGUGUAAUAGAGGAAGAACAUCUACUCCACAAUGCAACUAUGACUGGAAAACUGCUAAAAGAAGAACUCCUGACACUCAAGAAAAAGCACAAGCAUAUUGGUGAUGUGAGAGGAAUAGGACUGAUGAUUGGUGUGGACAUUGUGUGGUGCCAAACUACAAAGAAACCAGCUCCAGAAAUAGCAGAAAAAAUAUCUUACAGGUUAAAGGAUGAGUUUGUCAUAAUAGCCAAUGAAGGUGAACAUGGCAACAUAUUAGUACUUAUGCCUCCACUAUGUCUGUCUGUUGAUGAUGUCAGUUACAUAGUCAGCAAACUGGACAAAAUCCUUACAGAGGUUGAAGUUGUGGAUAGUCAUGCCAUAUAUAGUAUCCUCAGCAAUUCUCUUCCAGACAGCACACAAGCGGAGUAUGGAAUGAGGUGGCCUGAAGACCAGCUAGAAUCUGAUAAUGAAGACAGUAGUGGCAGCUCCAUAAGCAACCACUAUGAUUCAAUGGACUGAAAUAUAUUAUUUGCAGUAUUUUAAUAAGUUAUUAUAAAAUUACAUUAUGUAGUUUAUUUGCCUUCAAUACUUAAUUCUAUCUUCAGGAAUCUGCAAAUGCCCAAAAAAUUGAUGUGCAUGAUCCUACUAUAUACUGAACAAAACAGACACAUUGCUACCAUGAUAUGUAAAACUUUUUUUCUGUUACUGACAGAAAUAUAAUAUUUUCCAGCAGCUGUUUUUUAUUGUAUAAUAAAUUUUUAAUGAAAAUAAAUUUUUGGUAACCUUGAAA